AUGUGUCAUGAAGGUGAUUGCGGUGUCUGUAUCGUAAAUGUUACAUUCAAGAACAAAUCGAUAGCAGUAAAUUCCUGUCUUGUACCGGUACUGAUCUGCGAUAAAUGGGAUAUUUAUACGAUUGAAGGUAUUGGAAACAAGUAUGACGGUUAUCACACGGUUCAAGCAGUACUUGCUAAAAAAAACGGCUCGCUAUGUGGAUAUUGCUCACCUGGCAUGGUGAUGAAUAUGUAUAGUCUCGGGAUUGGUACUUCAAAUUUAUCAGAGGAGCAAAUCGAAAAUUCAUUUGCUGGUAAUCUUUGUCGAUGUACUGGAUAUCGUGCAAUUUUGGAUGCGUUCAAGGGAUUUGCUAUCGAUGCACCUCCAUCAUUGGUGAAGGACAUUCAUGACAUUGAGGAGUCAUAUCAGAUCAAACCUUGCCGGAAAUUCGGAAUACCAUGCACACAAAGUUGCUACAAUAAGCCUUCCGAUGGUACAACAAUGUUGAGCAUAAAAUUAGAGGACGUAUCUUUCUACAAAGUUUCCACGGUCGAGACUCUAUUUACAUUAUUAAAUAACAAUCCACAGGCAACGUAUAUAUUAAAUGGAGGAAAUACUGCACAUGGUGUUUAUCGUUCGAGCAAAAAAGAUAUGUAUAUUGAUAUAAACGAUAUUCCAGACUUCCAUCAGAUUUCAAAAUCCGAUUUUGGUAUCGCAAUAGGAGGAGGUUUAAGCCUUACUACUGCCUUACGGACCAUCCAAAAAUAUUCAAAUGAUACAGGAUUUAAAUAUCUAAGUCAAUUGGCCGAGCAGAUAGAAAUGAUCGCAAAUAUUCCCGUACGAAAUAUUGGCACUAUAGCAGGGAAUUUAAUGAUAAAAUACGAGCACAAUGAGUUCCCAUCCGACUUGUUUUUGAUACUAGAGACUGUCGGUGCUGAAGUACACAUCCUGGAAAGUCCCUCUAAAAAGCAACGUUUUAAUUUAUGGGAAUUUCUAAAGCUCGACAUGCAUCAUAAAAUUAUCUCUCACAUUUUUCUAUUAUCGCAUCGUGAUAACGACUAUGUAUGCAGAUUCUAUAAAGUCAUGCCUAGAGCUCAAAACGCUCGCGCUCACGUCAAUGCCGGCUUUUUCUUCAAGAUCGACAUCGAUGGCAGGGUGUAUGAUUGGCCUAACAUUAUCUUCGGUGGCAUCGAUAAGGAUUUCAUUCACGCAAAAUGCACGGAGCAACUGUUACUGAAUAAAUCUGUUUUCGACAAGGAAGUGUUGAAGUCAUCCUUGCAAACGUUGCAUAACGAGUUACUGCCUGAUAAUGUGCCGCCAGAUUUGUCGCAAAAAUUUCGGAGAGUUCUUGCCGAAGGAUUAUUUUACAAGUUUUUGUUAAACAUCAAACCGCAAAAUGUAGAUGCUUUUUAUCGUAGUGGACGCACCUUAUUAAAACGAGGUCUCUCUUCAGGUGCGCAAGAAUACGAUACAAAUAUGAACUUAUGGCCAGUUAAUAAACCUAUGCCAAAAUUAGAAGCUCUUGAGCAGACAUCAGGCGAGGCUCAAUAUUGCAGUGAUCUGGGUCCAUAUCCUGGAGAAGUGUUUUGUGCCUUCGCCGUCGCCGAAAUCAAUAAAGGCCAGAUUGAUAUAAUAGAUGCCAAUCAGGUUCUUCAAAUGAAGGGUAUAGUGGCAUUUUUCACCGCCAGAGACAUACCGGGAAUGAAUUUAUGUAUUUCUGCCGCCAGCAAGUUAACGUCCUUACCGGAGAAUGAAAUACUGUUCGCUGAAACGGAUGUUUUGUAUGCCGGUCAACCGGUCGGUGUAAUUGUCGCGGAGACGCACAAGUUAGCGAAUGAAGCUGCAAAAUUGGUAGAAAUUACAUAUAAAAAACCUCCAAAAACGAAACCGAUAAUAACUAUUGGCGAUGCUAUUAAUACGCAAGAUGCAACUAGGUUCAAAUUAAGUGCACAUAUUCCAGCAAAGAAGAAAGGAACCGAUAUUCGACGCGUGAUAAAGGGCAACUUUAAAUUAGGUAACCAAUAUCACUAUACUCUAGAAACUCAAUCCUGCGUAUGCAUUCCUGUAGAGUAUGGUACUGUAGAGAUGGACGUAUAUCCAUCAUCACAAUGGAUGGAUCUGAUUCAAGUAUCGAUCGCUAAUUGUCUUAAUGUCCGGAAUAAUAGCAUCAAUGUGCAUGUCAGACGACUUGGCGGUUCCUACGGGUCGAAAAUCUCACGCAACGCGCAAAUUUCAUGCUCUUGCGCAUUGGUAUGUCAUAUAUUGAAUCGUCCAGCACGAUUCGUCAUGACAAUAGAGAGUAAUAUGCAAUCGAUAGGCAAAAGAUGUUCUACGCUUCAUGAAUAUGAAAUCGGAGUAAACAAUAAUGGAAUUAUACAGUAUGUCGAGUCGCAAUACUGGAGCAACACUGGUUCUAGUUUCAACGAAUCGCAAGCUGCCAUGGUAGCUUCUUACAUGAAAAGUAGUUGCUAUUCAACUGAUACUUGGUCGUUUAAUGGAUUUGACGUGAGAACCGACUUACCGUCAAACACGUUUUGUCAGGCAUCUGGAUCUACAGAAGGAGUGGCUAUGUUCGAGGAUAUAAUGGAGCAAAUUGCGAAAUUCAUCGAUAAGGAUUCCAUAGAAAUCAAAAUCGCUAAUAUGAAUGAAGUGGAUCAAUCUAUAUUAAAACCUAUGAUAACGGAUUUGAUGAAAAAGAUCGAUUAUAAGAAAACCGAAAUUAACAUUAACUUGUUUAAUUCAAACAAUCGUUGGAAGAAAAAGGGAAUAGCCAUGGUACCAAUGAAAUGUAUCAUAGAAAACAAAGGGCGAUUUGACGCAAUCGUGUCGGUCUGCGCUCACGACGGUUCGGUAUGCGUAACGCAUAGCGGAAUUGAGAUUGAUCAAGGUAUAAAUACAAAGAUUGCUCAAGUAGCAGCUCAUAUAUUGGGUAUCGAUAUGGAAAUAAUCUCCGUUAAACGAAGUAAUAAUUUAACAUCACCCAACGAGUCAACUACAGGACACAACGUUACUACAGAAAACUGUGGAUACGCAACAAUCCAAGCUUGUCAACAGAUUUUGGGAAGACUUAAACCGAUACGAGAAAAAAUGGGAAACCCAACGUGGAAGAAUCUUGUUUUCGAAGCAUAUAAAGAAGGCGUUAAUUUAUGCGCACAUUACAUGUUGAUAAUUGAGCAACCGGAAAAUACGAAGUCCUUCUCUGUAUACGGUGUCACCUCUGCCGUAGUACAGAUUGAUGUGCUGACCGGGCAGCACGUUAUCAGGAAUGUUGACUUGAUGCUUGAUGUUGGUACAAGUUUGAAUCCAGAAAUUGAUAUUGGUCAGGUGGAGGGAGCUUUCGUAAUGGGAAUAGGAUACUGGACUUCUGAGGAUUUGAUUUACGACCCUGAUACAGGAAUAUUAACGAAUAACAGAUCAUGGAAUUAUAAGCUACCAGGAGCAAAGGAUAUUCCUGAAAAUUUUCACGUAUACUUUCGCAAUAACGUGGACAACGCUAACGGUAUCUGCGGUUCAAAACCUAUUGAUGAAUUACCGUUUUGUAUGAGUUACGUAAUUCCAAUAGCGAUACGCAAAGCAUUGGGUUCCGCUAGAGAGAAUGCAGGAAAUACGAAAUUGUUUCAAUUGGAUGGACCGUGUACUACCGAACGUAUACUUCUAACUGCUUUAACUAGUAUAGACAUGAUGGUUUACUAA